UGGACCUGGGGAUUCGCGUGAACUGCAGAGCCGUAAUUGGACUCCAUAUUAUCAUCUCCCACAAUACAGUUCCUUGCUACUUUUUUUUCUUUUUUUCGUCUCUUUUUAACCGAAGAUAAACCCUAAUCUUCUCUUCUCCGAUUCAAUAUCCACUUAGCAAUGGGCUCAGAAGGAUCAAGAGUUGUUGGUAAGUAUGCCUCCAACGAAAAACCCUAUACUUUCAAUUGGUUAAUCAGUGCCUAGGAGUUUCAGAUUACUGGAAGAACUUGAGAGAGGGGAGAAAGGGAUUGGAGAUGGAACUGUCAGCUAUGGAAUGGAUGAUGCUGAUGAUGUUUACAUGCAAUCAUGGACAGGAACUAUAAUUGGGCCUCCAAAUACUGUUCAUGAAGGUCGUAUCUACCAGUUGAAAUUGUUUUGUGGAAAGGAUUAUCCAGAUAAUCCACCAAGUGUAAGGUUCCAAACCCGGAUAAACAUGACUUGUGUCAAUGCUGAAAGUGGGGCGGUGGAACCAAGUCUCUUCCCAAUGCUUGCUAAUUGGCAGAGGGAGUGCACAAUGGAGGACAUAUUGACUCAAUUGAAGAAAGAAAUGAUGUCACCCCAAAACCGGAAGCUUGCUCAGCCUCCUGAAGGAAAUGAAGAAGCCAGGAUGGAUCAAAAAGGGCUGGUGCUGAAGUGCUGUAUUCUCUAAGUUACUUGAGUUGUAUGAACAACAAAUUGUAUAUAGAUAUAUACUAUUUCUCCUACCGGCUUAGUUCCAUCCAUAUAUAUAAUCUUGUGUAUGAGAAAAGAGGACCUUGGUCCAUCACAUGGUGGCUAAAUAAAUUAGAACUCAAUGAAUUGUUAACUAUAACACUUUUAACAAUUUGCAAACCUAUUGUGCCAAUGUUAAUAACUGUAAA